AAGCCUCCUGGCAGCGGCUCGCAGGCCCCGGCCCCCCCUCGAGCACCGCCCCGGGGCCGGGGGCCGGGCCGGGCGGGGGCCGCCCCCUUCUCCCCGCUCCUCGGCCCCUUCCGGGCGGCGGCCGCGUCACAUCCGCGCGGCGGAGAUGCCGGUUAAACUGAGUAUUUGCACAACACAGCUUCAUGCAGGAAGACCACCAUACAGUCGUACGCUUAGGAAAAUAUGAGAAUAAGCAGGGAGUGUUCUCUCUGAAUUAAAAAACAAAACAAUCUGUGCCUUGCUGAGGACAGCUGCAGGAAUCGGACACUUGAAUCAAUGUUAUCGGAUGAGUUAGAAUCCAAACCAGAGCUGCUGGUUCAGUUUGUUCAGAAUACUUCUAUUCCACUGGGGCAAGGGCUGGUGGAAUCAGAGCCAAAAGACAUCACCUGCCUUUCUCUCCUUCCUGUUACUGAGACCUCAGAAUGCAACAGACUCAUGUUGCCAGAUGAUGAAAGAGAUCUCACUUCUCCAAGUCACACUAAUUCUUCCAAAGAUGUUUCUUCAUCUGCUGUCUUGAGGAGCCUGCAGGUAAAUGUGGGUCCUGAUGGAGAGGAAACAAGGGCACAGAAUGUACAGAAACCAUCUGAACUUCUGUCAUCAUCAGAGACUUCCAGUUUAUUGCAAGACCUCCAGCCCAGUGACAGCACUUCAUUUAUUCUUCUCAACCUAACAAGAGCAGGGCUGGGCUCCCCAGCAGAGCACUUGGUAUUUGUUCAAGAUGAAGCAGAAGAUUCUGGGAACGACUUUCUCUCUCAUGAUAGCACAGACAGCAGUACACCGUGGUUCCUACGAGUGCAAGAAUUGGCCCAUGACAGUUUAAUUGCUGCCACUCGGGCACAGCUCGCUAAGAAUGCCAAAGCAAGCAAUAAUGGUGAAAAUGUUCAUCUUUGCUCAGGAGAUGGGCAACCAAAAGACUCUAGCCCCAUUCCUCAUUUAUCUCGUGUGGAAAGGAAGCUGAAGUGCACAGUUGAAGGCUGCAAUCGGACAUUUGUAUGGCCAGCUCACUUCAAAUAUCAUCUGAAAACACACCGGAAUGACCGCUCCUUCACCUGCCCAGCAGAAGGCUGUGGAAAAAGUUUUUAUGUCUUGCAGAGGCUGAAGGUGCACAUGAGAACUCACAAUGGUGAAAAACCCUUUGUGUGCACGGAGCUGGGCUGUGGGAAACAAUUCACAACAGCUGGAAAUCUGAAGAACCACCUGCGAAUUCACACCGGGGAAAAACCCUUUCUGUGUGAGGCACAGGGAUGUGGUCGCUCCUUUGCCGAGUACUCCAGCCUUCGGAAACAUUUGGUUGUCCACUCAGCACGAAGGGUGUCAACAGCCAUAUCAAAACAUGGUCAUGAUUCUUUGGUUGAUGAGAUUUUCAUUCCCAAUUUGGUAAUUCCUGGGAUAUUUUUCCCCCUUCUUCUCCAAGGAGUGAAGCCCCAUCAGUGCCAAAUUUGUGGAAAGACAUUUUCCCAGAGUGGCAGCAGAAAUGUGCAUAUGAGGAAACACCACUCCAGAAUUGGAACAGCUGGCAGCAGGGAGCGAGAACAGCCAGAGUCACUGAUGGGCAGCAGUUUGCUGGAAGAAUCUACAGUGCAUAGUAAGAAUCUCAUCUCCAUGAACUCUCAGCCCAGCCUUGGUGUUGAGUCCCUGCAUCUGCCAGACACAGAGUCUAUUAUUGGAGUGGAGGAGGGUGAGACCAGCUGCUCUUUCUUCCGCCCUCUUAUAUGUGGUGACUGAAGUGGGAUUGAUCGUUCCUCCUAGAGACUCAUCAUGUUGCAGUGGGACAAGUGAGCAUUGCUUUAAGUGUGCACUGGAGCAGGUGGGUAAAUGGAGAAUGAAUCCUAAAACUGGAGUUGGAGAAGACCUGCUGGACCAAGUUUCUCUCUUGCAGAGCUUAAAAGGUGAAGUCUGCUGCUUAGAUGUCAUUUAGCCCAUGUUGUGGAACGCCAUUUCAAAACUGCUCAUGCAGUCCAUUCUCCUAAAGCCUAAAGCGUUUGUUUUGCUGGAGCACUUAGAAGUCCAGUUAAGGACCGGGACCUCAUUGUGCUAGACACUGUGCAAACACCCAAUAUCUUGAGGAACAGGCCUUCCAUCCUUUACCUUCAGAGACUAUAUUCUAAUACAUCUCACUGUCAGAAGCUGACUUAAUAUCUGAAAUAAAUGUACUACUUGAUAUCAUUUAAUUACA